AUGAGUCAACAGGAGAGCCAACCGGAGAAGGAGAAAAAAGCUGCCGAGCUUCAGGAGCAACGUCGGCUCAUGUUGAAACGCGUGUUAACACCGGGGGCUCUUGAGCGUUUAAAGAGAAUAGAGCUGGUGAAGCCGGAAAGGAGCCGUAAAAUAGAGGAUUAUUUCUUGACGAAUGGAAUGCGGUUGGCAGGAGGAGCGCAAAUCACGGAAGAACAAUUGAUAAACGUAUUGGAGCAAAUUCCGGACACCAACAUAGUGACCAAGAUCCAGAUCAAACACAAAGUCGACGAUGACGACUGGGACUGGUAA